AUGUCAGACACAACAGAACGCCAGACACAACAGCGAAAGAAGAUUGCAUUUAUACAUCCAGAUUUAGGUAUAGGAGGAGCUGAAAGAUUAGUAGUAGAUGCUGCAAUUGGAUUACAAUCUUUACAAAAUGAUAUUACUGUCUAUACAUCACAUUGUGAUCCAACUCAUUGUUUUGAAGAAGUUAAACAAUUAAGAGUUAAUGUAUAUGGAGAUUUCUUUCCAACUCAUAUAUUCAAAAGAUUUCAUAUCUUAUGUGCAAUUAUUCGACAAUUAUAUCUUGUUUUUAAGAUGAUUAUUGGUGGUGAGAUUGGUGAAUAUGAUUAUUUUAUUGUUGAUCAAUUGAGUAUUUGUGUUCCAUUUAUCGGUUGGUUUAGUAAUGAAGAUAGUAGGAUAUUGUUUUAUUGUCAUUUCCCUGAUCAAUUAUUAGCUAAAAGGACAAGCAAAUUAAAGGAAUUAUAUCGAUUACCAUUUGAUAGAUUUGAAGAAUGGAGUACUGGAUUAAGUGAUGUUGUUGUUGUUAAUUCUAAAUUCACGAAAACAAUUUUCCAUUCUACAUUUAAGAAUCUAAACCAUAUGUCUCCAGGAGUAAUAUAUCCAUGUGUUGAAACUAAGAUUGAAACCGAUGAAAUCGUUGAUCUUGAAGUUGAAAAUUUCUUUAAAGACAAUAAAUAUUUCCUUUCAAUUAAUCGAUUCGAAAGAGCCAAGAAUAUCGAGCUUGCAAUCAAAGCAUUUCAUAAACUGAAGAAAUUACUUCCAAAGAAAGCAAAAUUGGUAAUUGCAGGAGGUUAUGAUUCAAGAGUGGUUGAAAAUGUUGAAUAUUUACAUGAAUUAACUUCAUUAUGUGAUUCUCUUAAAUUAACAAAUUUUACAAUUAGAGGAAAAUUAAUUAUGAUGCCUCCUUCUACUGAAGUAUUGUUUUUACCUUCAAUUAGAAGUAAUUUAAAAGUAUCAUUAAUUAAACAAGCGGAAUUAUUAUUAUAUACUCCUGAACGGGAACAUUUUGGUAUCGUACCGGUUGAAAGUAUGUUAUAUCAAACUCCAGUAUUGGCAGUAAAUUUCGGAGGACCUUUGGAAACAGUUGUUAAUUAUAAUGGUGAUAAUUUGAAUGAAGCUACAGGAUACGUUGAACAAUCAGAUGUUGAAAAAUGGGCUAAAAUAAUGAUUAAAUAUUGGAAUGAACUGGAAGAGAUUAAAUCAAAACUUGGUGAAAAUGGAUAUCACCGAGUAAUUGAAAAGUUUUCAAGAGAUAAGACAAGUCAAGAAUUUAUGGAUUAUUUACUUACCCUGAAUAAUUUUCCUAAAAAGUAUCCUUCUUCAAUGAUACCUGCUGUUGCAAUAUUAAUUAUAUACAUACUUAUAAAGGUUGUAUAG